GAUGCUCGGGCCAGCAGCCACCGCCAGCCCUGCCGCCGCUGCCGCCCGCACCCGCCGCCCCCCGGGUCCCCACUAGCGGCUGCCUCCGCCUCCUACCUCCGGUCCCGCUCCUCCGGCCCCCCCGCCCCGAGUAGGGUCUGGGGGGCUCGGCCUCCGGCCGGGGGAGCAAAGAGGGGGGGUCCCGACCCCCCAGUGGCGCGGCCGGUCCCUGGCCUCGGUGAUCUUGAGAGAGACCCCACCCCUCAGUUCUCUCUGGGCCCUAUCGGGGACUCCCCCUUACCCUCCCGUCCGGCUCACACCCGCUCUCCAGGCUCUGUCAGCCCCCCAGAACCAGCUCCCUCCCUUCUUCCCUCUCCGGGGUUCCCCCUCCCCCAUCCCUCCGCCGCCGCCCCCUCCCCCUCCCACAUCCCCUUCCCUCCCCCUCCCCCACCCCCGUCCCCCGCCCCCCCCCCCCGACCAUGAGGAUGAUGGCCGCCGGCGCGGUGCACGGCCUCUUCACGGCCUCCGCGGCCCCGCAGCCGCCGCCGCCCCCGCCGCCGCCGCCGCCGCAACCCCAGCCUCCCCAGCAGCCGUCGCCGCCGCCACAGCAGCCGCCGCCGCCGCCGCCGCAGCCGCCGCAGCAGCAGCAGCCGCCGCCCCAGGCCCCCCCCAUGGAGCCCGAGGCCCCGGAUUCCCGCAAGAGGCCCCUCGAAACGCCCCCCGAGGUGGUCUGCACCAAGCGCAGCAACACGGGAGAGGAAGGCGAAUACUUCCUGAAGGUGCUGAUCCCCAGCUACGCAGCAGGCUCCAUCAUUGGCAAGGGCGGGCAGACCAUCGUACAGCUGCAGAAGGAGACAGGAGCUACCAUCAAGCUCUCUAAGUCCAAAGACUUCUAUCCGGGAACCACAGAGCGAGUAUGCCUGGUACAGGGCACAGCAGAGGCCUUGAAUGCUGUGCACAGCUUUAUUGCUGAGAAGGUCCGAGAAAUCCCACAAGCAAUGACCAAGCCUGAGGUGGUCAACAUCCUUCAACCCCAAACCACGAUGAACCCCGACAGAGCCAAGCAGGCCAAGCUGAUCGUCCCCAACAGCACCGCGGGCCUGAUCAUCGGCAAGGGGGGCGCGACAGUGAAAGCCGUGAUGGAACAGUCGGGUGCCUGGGUGCAGCUGUCCCAGAAGCCAGAGGGCAUCAACCUUCAGGAGCGCGUGGUGACAGUCAGCGGCGAACCGGAGCAGGUGCACAAGGCCGUGAGCGCCAUCGUGCAGAAGGUACAGGAAGACCCCCAGAGCAGCAGCUGCCUCAACAUCAGCUACGCCAACGUGGCUGGCCCCGUGGCCAACUCCAACCCCACCGGCUCACCGUACGCCAGCCCCGCUGAUGUGCUGCCCGCCGCCGCCGCCGCCUCGGCCGCCGCCGCCUCCGGCCUGCUGGGCCCCGCGGGGCUGGCGGGCGUGGGCGCCUUUCCGGCCGCCCUGCCCGCCUUCUCAGGCACCGACCUGCUGGCCAUCAGCACGGCGCUAAACACGCUGGCCAGUUACGGCUACAACACCAACUCCCUCGGCCUGGGCCUCAACUCGGCCGCAGCCUCCGGGGUCCUGGCCGCCGUGGCCGCCGGUGCCAACCCCGCCGCCGCCGCCGCGGCCAACCUCCUGGCGUCCUACGCGGGGGAGGCCGGGGCCGGGCCGGCCGGAGGGGCCGCCCCGCCUCCACCCCCGCCCCCCGGAGCCCUGGGGUCCUUCGCCUUGGCCGCAGCCGCCAACGGCUACCUCGGGGCCGGGGCGGGCGGCGGGGCGGGCGGCGGGGGCGGCCCGCUGGUGGCCGCCGCAGCUGCGGCAGGGGCCGCCGGGGGCUUCCUGACGGCCGAGAAGUUGGCGGCCGAGAGUGCCAAGGAGCUGGUGGAGAUUGCGGUGCCUGAGAACCUGGUGGGGGCCAUCCUGGGCAAAGGGGGCAAGACGUUGGUGGAGUACCAGGAGCUGACGGGCGCCCGCAUCCAGAUCUCCAAGAAGGGGGAGUUCCUGCCAGGCACGCGGAACCGGCGGGUCACCAUCACGGGCAGCCCUGCGGCCACGCAAGCCGCUCAAUACCUCAUCAGCCAGCGGGUCACCUACGAGCAGGGAGUGAGGGCCUCAAACCCCCAGAAAGUGGGAUGAGGCCUGUGGUGUCUGCUCCCACCCUCCUUCCUGUCCCUUCUCCUCCUCUUCCUUCUCCUCCCCCUCCCCCACACCCCCAACUCCUGACCUCAGCU